AUGCCCCAAUUCGGAUUCUUCCUUGCCGCAUUAGCCUCGUUCCAUUUCUUGGAAUACAUAGCCACCGCACUCUUCAAUGCACACAAGUUGACAUUAGACUCCUUCCUCAUCAAUCACAGCGCUCAUUACCAUGCCGCACACGCAGCAGCCCUCAUCGAGUUUCUUGUGGAAUACUUCUUUUUCCCGUCUUGGAAAACGUUUGGCUGGAUCAAUUGCUUUGGUCUUGUUCUGGUGUUCAUCGGCCAGGCUGUACGAACUAUCGCCAUGUUUUCUGCCAGACACAAUUUUUCGCAUCACAUUGUUGAUGUGAAGGAAAGAGACCAUGUAUUAGUUACUCAUGGCAUUUACAGCAUUAUGCGACAUCCGUCGUACUUUGGUUUUUAUUGGUGGGCGGUCGGUGUCCAAUUUUUGCUACUCAAUCCCAUCUGCCUCGGUUUAUUUGUGUAUUGGCUCCACCGCUUCUUCUCCGAACGUAUCGUGUAUGAAGAGUAUACGCUUCUUCGUUUCUUUGGUAAUGACUGGAAAACGUACAAAGCCCGAACACCGACCUGGAUGCCCCUAAUUCCUUAG